AUGGCUACGGCAGUAGUAGAUGUGGAUUAUCUAUCAGGUUAUCUACACCUUGCGCAAGAUACGCUUGCAGCCGUACUCGAUGCACCAACUGCAGAGCUUGUCCGAUCAGUACUAGAAGCUGUGACUGUUAAAGCGCGCGAACAUGAUGUUCUGGUUGCAGAUAAAUACCGGUUGGACAUUGAACUGGAGAAUGCCGUCAGAAGCUCAGAGACGCGUAUAGAGGGGUUGAGAAGUAGUGUUGAGCAGGGCCAAAAAACCGUUGAAGAAGUGCGCACAAAAUUGAAAGAAGAAGAAACCAAGCGUUCUGGCCUCGAAGGUGAACUGCAAACGUUAAAAUCUUCCUCUUCCACUUCGACAUCCGAGGUCGAAACUCUCAGAACCCGAAUCGCAUCCCUCGAAUCUGCCAACCGUGACACCAUAGCUGUGCUCGAAUCCAAGACUACUGCCAAUGAUAACCUGGCGCAAGAACUACAGAAGCAGCACCAGAAAGGUCUAGAACUUAGCCAGCAGAUAACCACGCUUCAGCAGUCUGUUCAAAACACCAAUUCCGCCGUCUCAAGUGCCAGAUUCAGAGAGCAAUCGCUCAAACAGGAGGUAGAACUUGCCAAGAGCAAUGGCGAGUGGUUUGAAAACGAAUUGAAAACUAAGAAUGCAGAGGCGCAAAAAUACCGCAAGGAGAAGGGCGCGAGACUUGCAGAGCUUCAACGUCACAACGAGGACCUUAACUCGAACCUUGGGGCCUUGAAAAAGACAGAACAGGCUUUGAGAGCGCGACUCAGUGAAGUAGAGAAGAAAGCGGAAGAUGCCCUUUCAAACGUGCAACGGCACCAGGAAGCAGCUGCUAAGGCCGAGGAGGCAUUCCGUCAGGAUCUGGAGCGGGCUGAACGUCUUACUAAAUUACAGUCGCAACAAUCUGAAACCCAUCGCAACCGCUUGAAAGAAGUGGAAGCCACCCUGGAGAGAAUUAAAGACGAGGCUGCUGAGGAGGUCGGAAGAUGCCGACAGGAAGCAGAAACUGAACGACAGGAGCGAGAAGUAGCCGAGAACCGUAUUUCUGAGCUUGAGGCGGAGGUCGCAACUGUUCGAUUGGAAGCAGCAAAUGCUCGGCCAGGAUCUGUCCCAGGGACCCCUCGCCAAGGCCUUAAUGGCUCUGUGUUUGGGAGGUCUGGUUCUCCAGCAAUUUUCGGCACGCCAGGGUCUACGAGAGGUAAAUCUGCCAUCACGGCGACUCAAGCGAUUGAUGAACUCUACAAGGUCAAGGGGCAAUUAUCUGCUGAGAAGCUUCGAAGUCAACGACUUGCUACUGAGAUGGAGGAAAUGCUCGCUGGUCUUGAAGCUAAGCAGCCAGAAUUGGAAGAAAUGCAGAAUGAGCACGAUCGUUUGCAACAGGAGGUUGUGCAGAUGUCAAAAUUCGUUGACAACAUUGGCAAGGAACGGGAUCGCGCCAAGAAAGAUUUGAGAAAGGCCGAAAGCGAGGCUUCAACCGCCCACGCCGAGUCGAACAUUCUCAAAACACAGCUUCGAGAUCUAAGUGCACAGAUAAAAUUGCUAGUAUGUGAAUUAGAUGCCAGAGAUAGAGGACUCGAGGCUAUGACCGCCUCAGAAAAGGAACAACUCGAGCGCCUAGCCCGUGGCGAAGUCAGUGAAGAAGAACUUGAGGGCUCGACUGACACCGAUCGUUUCAUAACCGAGAGAUUAAGAGUAUUCAGAAAUGUCUCCGAAUUGCAAGAGAAGAACCAGGAACUGCUCAAGGUCACAAGAGAGUUAGGUCAGCAGAUGGAGAGCGAGGAAGCAUUAUCCGCUAAGCACAAAGCUGCACAGGAUCAUGAGGAAGUGGAAAGCUUAAGGGGGAAAAUUGAACACUACAAGGAUGAACUUAAAUCGACGCUUACCCGAUCGGAAAGCUACAUCAAAGAACGGGACAUGUUCCGCCGCAUGCUCCAAAACCGAGGACAGAUUCCUGCCGGCUCUGAUCUUGCUUCCAUGUUUGGCCAAUCCACUGACGGAAAUCAAAACGGUGUGGUGUCAACUAUAGAACAGGGCUCUGGCAAUAGCACCAGUUAUCCCACGUUGUUGAGAGAGUUGCAAGCUCAUUUUGAUCAGUACAGAGAAGAGCAGUCGACCGAUCGCCGGACUAUGAAAGAGCAGACCGAGAAACUUUCGUUGGAGAAGGGUGCUUUGCAGGCUGAGAUCGCAAAGACAAGUAGCCAGCUCACACUUGCAAAUGAGAGGUAUGAGAUGCUGCAUGCUAACUAUACAAUGCUGCAGAAUGAGAACAGCGAAUUGCAGAAACGAUCUCAAGGUCUUUCGGAAGCUGCUGCUAAACAAGAUCUACGUACUCAGCAAGUUGCAGAAGAUCUCAUUGAGGCCAAAGGGAUGGUGGAAAGCAUGCGGAAUGAAAACGCCAACCUGAAAGCUGAGAAAAAGCUUUGGAAGGAUAUCCAGGAUCGAUUGAGCCAGGACAACGAAGCAUUGAUGAACGAGCGGAGCAGGUUAAACAACCUGGUCGCAAGUCAGCAAACGAUGCAAAAUGAGCGAGAAUUAAACGAAUCGGAGACGAGGCGGCGACUUCAGACUCAGGUCGAGACACUCGAGGCGGAACUGUCCACGACAAAGCGUAAACUGAAUGACGAGAUUGAGGACAACAAGAAAGCGCAGCUCAGAAAGGAGUAUGAUUCUCAGCAAACCCAAAAACGUAUCGAUGAACUUGCCAGCAGUCUGAGUAACGCCCGUGAAGAGCUGGUCGCGGCUAAAACCACGAGAGAUCACCUACAAGCACGCGUGGACGAAUUGUCCAUCGAGUUGAAGAGCGCUGAAGAGCGAGUUGAGCUUCUACAGCCACGCCCUACCCCACGACCUGUCCAGAACGGGGAUGGCUCGUCAAAUACAGAUGGAGAAGAAACGAAUAGAGAACAAGAACUCGCGAUAGAGCUUUCGGAAGUAAAGAGAGAUCUCGAUCUUGCCAAGUCUGAGCUUGAGAGCGCAAAGCAACAAACAGAACAAUACAAGUCUAUUAGCCAAGCUUCUGAGGAAGAGCUACAAAGCCUAAAUACUACACACGAUCAGUACAGAGAAGAAAUGGACCGUCUUGUUGAGGAGAAGGAGUCCAAAAUCCACGAUUUGCAGCAGCGUGUUGAUGAUAUAUCCGCCGAGCUCACGACGACUAAUAACGACCUGACACUUCUACGCAGCCAGCAGAAUGAAGUUGCUAGACAAGUCGAUAGCGAUAAAGCAAUCCUCGAACAGGAAAUUGCUCGACUUAAGGACGAAGAUGAAAGACAUGCUGCAGCUGCCCAGUUCCACCAACAAGAUCUUCGUGCGCAGGCGGCAAUUGCUACGAAAGCUCAACAGGACUAUGAGAACGAAUUGGUCAAACAUGCCGAGGCGGCAAAGCUACUUCAGGCCCUUCGUGGUGAUUACAACCAGAUGAAGGCAGAAUCCGCAGGACUCAAAGCUGAUGCCGAGUCGGCUCGUGUGGCAUUGAGCCAGAGCGAAGCGUCUUGGGACGAGCGUAGACAGCAACUAGAGCAAGAGCUCAGUGAGCUACGAACACGCCGUGACGACGUUAACGCGCAAAACAAGUUGCUCCAUCAACAACUGGAAAAUUUCGGAACCCAGCUCUCUGCCUUACAACAAAGUCGAAAUGCCUUGGCAGAAUCUGGAGAAUCUGCUUCUCCGCCAGUCGAUUCCACCUAUGAUCGCACAGCCGAAGGACUCCGUGAGCUCAACGCUUUCUUGAGGCGCGAGAAAGAAAUCGUUGAAGUUCAAUAUGAACUGAAAGUACAAGAAGCUAAGCGCCUUCAACAGCAGUUGGAAUACGCUCAAUCCCAACUUGAUGAGAGUCGUCUCAAACUCGAUCAAGAAAGACGUUCACAGGCCGAUGGAGGCCGAAGCGCCAUUGCCCAUAAAGAUCUGAUGGAAAAGCUGAAUGAAUUAAACCUCUUCCGCGAAAGUAGCAUCACCUUGCGAAACGAAGCUCGACAAGCCCAGACCCAAUUGACCGAGAGGAAUAAGCGUGUGGAAGAGCUUAUGGCUCAGAUCCAACCCCUCGAGACCAAGAUUCGAGAACUUGAACAUGGGAAAGAGACUUCCGAAGGCGAAAUGCGAUUGUUGCAAGAAGAUCGCGAUAGAUGGCAAAAGCGGACCCAAGACAUCAUUUCCAAACACGACCGUAUUGAUCCAGCAGAAAUGGAGCAGCUCAAGGAGACCGUUGAGAAUCUGGAAAAAGAGCGUGGUACCUGGCUUGAGGAAAAGCAGCCUCUCGAGGAGAAGAUCCAAGCAUUAGAAGGUGAAAAGACUGUCUGGCAACAGAGCCGAGCCAAGCUCAUUGACCAAGCGAAAGAAAGAUCACGCAUCCAAACCAGAGAUAUUAAAGAUCGUACGGCAGAAAGAGACACCGCACUACAAGAAAAGGAUACCCUCCAACAACAACUCAAUAGUUUGCAAGCACAACUUGAGACUGCCGUUCGAGAAAAGGAAUCCUCAGAACAACAACUUAAGGCAAUCAGUCAAGAACUCGAAACGAUCAAAUCAGAGCGUGACCGCGCUUUGGUCGACGCCUCGCAAUCUGCUGCGGCCCGUUCCACAGUAUCCCCUGCCGCCGAUGCAACCCAACAAACGAGCAACGAACAUUUGGAACAGGAGAUCGCCAAUCUUCGACAACAGGUUGACGAGGUAACGCAAGAAAAGCGUGCCAUAGAAACUGAGCUCAGCAGUCUUAAGGAACAACUUAGACAGGCGAAUGUCGACCGGGACAGAGCCAUUGCAGAUGCUGCUGAGGCACGUUCUUCUCAACGCUCGGCCACAUCCAAUCAAGCAAAUCAGGAUGAAAGUGAGGAAGGUCAGGUUGAAGAGUCACCAAAGGUGGGUAUUUCUGAUGAAGAGAGAAAGGCUUUAGAGGAGCGCAUUGCUGCCGCCGAAACCAGAGCUAAGGAGCAAGAAGAAAAGGCAGUCAAGCUUGAGGAGCAGGUUGAAAACACUCUUAAAACAAGAUCCGACAAAAUGAAAGCUGCCCUGAAUAAGAAGUUGGCCGAGUCACGGGAAGCCCAAAAGGCCGAGCUGGAGGCUGAAUAUCAAUUGAAGCUGGAGCAAGACAAGAAGAUUUGGUUCGCCGAGAAUAAGCCUGCUGCCACUGCUGCACCACCAAUCAAUCCAUUUGCUGUUACUCCAGUAAAUCCUUUCGCAACGACGCCUGUCACAGCUCCAGAACCAUUGCAGGUCCCAGCAACGCCCAGCCAGCCUAAGACUGAGGACACCACCACUGUACCAGCAACUCCAGUCGAACCCCCAACCCCGACUCAGAGGAUUCCAGAACUUAGUGAUGAAAAAAUUCGGGAGCUGCUAUCAACGAACCCGACGGCAAAAUCGAUCAUUGUAAGCAAUGUGAGGAACAAGAUGAUCCAAGAAAAGCAGAAACUCGACGAGGAGUACAAAAAGCAGCUUCUAGAGCAACAACAAAAAGCGGAGAGCACACAAGCAUCUGCUGUAUUUAUGACCGAGAAAAAGAACUCACUCAAGCUCAACAUGGCCGAAAACAGAAUCAAAACGGCCAAUGGGAAGCUGGAGAUUGUGGAGACAGCAGCCCGUGAUACCCCACAGAGACCUGUCGUAGAAGUAUGGGAACUGACUAAAGCAUACAAACCUCCGCCUCCAACUCCAGCUCCUGCUCAACAAAAUGGCACUGCCUCAUCCUUGCCAAAGACAGCAGACGCAAAGCCUGAAAGCACGCCCGCUGCUUCUGGAGCUGUCGAGACCUCUUCACAAGCAGCGAGUAUUACUCCUGGACAAAAUAGUCCACCUGGCCUGCCACCUAGCCAAAUUCCAAUGGCUCCCACAACAUCAAAUGCGCCUCAACGUGGAUCUGGAAUCCCAACUAUGCGAGGUGGCCCCGCCAACAGGGCACGUGGUGGUACUCCAAUGUAUCAAGCUGGACGAGGAGCCGGGGGGCCGGGGAGAGGCAGGGGCAAUAACCCUGUGCAGAGAUCUGGUAGCCUCAACGCUGGCGCUCAGCCCUAUAGUCCACAAGGCCAGGUCGGGCAGAAGAGACCACGAGAGGAUGGGUCAAUAGGAGGACCUCAAGGAAAUUCUGGAAAGAGACCGAGAGGCGGCGGGCCAGCUGGAGGGCAAAAUAUCUAG